GCUAGUGGACGCAUUUAUUGUUUACACCGGUGUUUGGUUAAUUGUCAAAAGUGUUUAGAGUUGAGAAGAAGCAUGGAUCCCGAAAUCUGGAACCAAUUAUCUCCGACGAUCGUCCAAUAUGUGGAGACAUUGGUUAGGCACGGUCAGGUUGGGAUCGGCGCUGGAAAUAUUUAUAUCAAAGACGUUUUAUCCAGUUGUCCUAGCAUAACUCUUCCACCAAAAGGUGACCGUUUUAAAGUAGCCCUUCCAUAUGCUGGUUGUUUUGUAACAUGGGAGGUGCUGUUUGAUUGCAACCAUCCAGAUGAUCCUCCAGACUUCAUCUUUGAUGCUGACCAGAAAGGAUUUGCUCCAGAAUUAGAAACUAUUGAGUCUCUCAUUAACUGGGAUCAUUACAAAGCUUCAUCACUUUUGAUAGUUCUCCAAGAAUUACUUGGCAAAUACCGCCUUUAUCAACAGCAGCUAGUUGAAUCUAAUUAUCGGUUGAAGUUUGAGUAUGAAUCCUUACUGGAACACACAGAUGUGAAACCUGAAGAGGUGGAGAUGCAUAUCUCAAGGACAGAAAACCAAGCUGUUGGACCUGUACACUUUUUAAUAAAAAUGUCUGUUGAUUUUUCUCGGAUACCAUCAUAUCUUACAAAGGAUGAUCCUGGUGAAGACAAUGCUGUCCUACUACUGAUGUUCCCUUAUCCAGGAGCCCCCACAGUUAAUCCACAGCUUCAUCUGUCACCACGUGUCGAAAACGCUUUGGGAGGUUCAGCCAACCUGAGAAUCCCACCAUUUCCAAAUGGAGGUGUUCUCAUUGACUAUGUACCAAAGGUAAACCAGCUGUUAAAAAAUAAGGUGGAACAAGUUGUACAAAGUUAUGAGAAAAGGAAAGAAUAUAUAGCUUCUUUCUUAAGUCAUUUUGCAAGAUCUUUAAUAGAAUAUGAUGCUGAAGGGUUCUCCCGAAUUUCAUUUCUUUUUGAAUGGAAUGAUUUCUUUUUCAUUUUUGAAGCUGAGCUAUCUUUGUACUUUCCUCGCGAGGCACCCGUUUUCACAUUCCAGUCCAUCUACCAUGAAUCAAAAGGACGACCAUAUACAGAAACAAAGAAAGACUACCCGUACAGUCCACGGUGGAGCGGAAACGAAAUGGCUGAACGUGCAAAAAGUUUCAUAUUGGAAAGUAUUGGUGCAUUCCAGAAAUCUUCUUUGAACAGUGGAACAUUCUGAGUCAAUGUUUUAGAAGAAAGCUUUGAGCAGUGACCAUCCACUUGUCAUAUGGAACAAUUGAUCAAGAAAACAUAAUAACAACAACAACAAUAAUAAUAAUAAUAAUAAUAAUAAAUGGUGAUGAUGAUGAUGAUGAUGAAUAACCCCACUUGACGGUUACUCUG